UCUUUUUUCUUUUCCUAUCUUUUUUCUCUUUAUUUUUCCAUACACACAAAUCCAUUCUCUCUUACAAAUUCAUACAUUAUAUUUAAAAAAUGUCGCGGGCAGUGUAUUUCUUCCGCAACAUUCGCACAAAGCAGGUCCUCGCGACUACGGCAAAGUCACUUUUGACCAAACCCAAGCUGGUUAAAAACCAAAUCCCCGACCCAACCCUUCGCCCAACCGUCCUGCGUCCCGACCACUGGACACCCCUCGUCGUAGCUACCGGUUUCGAAAGCAAGCAGGCACAAACCGACGCCUUCAAUCUCACUAGCCAACCAGGCCACCCAUUCCAGCCCAAAACCGAAAAGGAACAAAAGGAGUAUACACUGUUGAUGAAUAAGAAUAAGCGCUUGGCUGAUAAGGAUUGUGCAGAGAAGCAGAUUGCUCAGUUGGCUCGUUCGCUUGUUUAUAUGGAUGUUAUGAAGUCCCAGACGGUACCCAAGAAGGGGAAAGUUAGGUUGCUGUGGGAGAACAGGGAGUGGAUCAAGAAGGUCGAGGAGGCUGGUCUGUAUUGGCCCGCGUGGGUUGAACAUGGCGAUCUGGACAUUAAGCGCGGAAAUAUUAUUAUCAACCCCGAGCUGCGCGUAAAGGCCCCAGUUGUUGCCGCCGCCGCCGCUGCCACUGUGGCCAACUAGAGCCUGAUUCUUUAUUUUUUUCCUACUUUUUUUCUCUCGCUAAACAAAAAAUUCAAACUUAAAACAUUUGAUAGUAAAAGCAAAUAAAAAGCUGAA